AGAAAGUUCACCGUCAUCAAUCAACCACAGAGAAAGUUCACCGUCAUCAAUCAACCGCAGAGAAAGCUCACCGUCAUUAAUCAACCGCAGAGAACGUUCACCGUCAUCAAUCAACCGCAGAGAAAAUUCCCCGUCAUCAAUCAACCACAGAGAAAGUUCACCGUCUCCAAUCAACCACAGAGAAAGUUCACCGUCAUCAAUCAACCGCAGAGAAAGCUCACCGUCAUUAAUCAACCGCAGAGAACGUUCACCGUCAUCAAUCAACCGCAGAGAAAAUUCCCCGUCAUCAAUCAACCACAGAGAAAGUUUACCGUUAUCAAUCAACCGCAGAGAAAAUUCAUCGUCAUCAAUCAACCACAGAGAAAGUUCACCGUCAUCAAUCAACCGCAGAGAAAGUUCACCAUCAUUAAUCAACCGCAGAGAACGUUCACCGUCAUCAAUCAACCGCAGAGAAAGUUCACCGUCAUCAAUCAACCGCAGAGAAAGUUCACCGUCAUCAAUCAACCGCAGAGAAAGUUCACCGUCAUUAAUCAACCGCAGAGAAAGUUCACCGUCAUCAAUCAACCACAGAGAAAAGAAAGUUUACCGUCAUCAAUCAACCACAGAGAAAGUUCACCGUCAUCAAUCAGCCGCAGUGAAAAUUUCACCGUCAUCAAUCAACCGUAAUGAAUGUUCACCGUCAUCAAUCAACCGCAGAGAAAGUUCACCGUCAUCAAUCAACCGCAGAGAAAGUUCACCGUCAUCAAUCAACCGCAGAGAAAGUUCACCGUCAUCAAUCAACCGCAGAGAAAGUUCACCGUCAUCGGUUCACCGUUUUGUUAUAUUUCUAUAA